ACUCACAAAGCCAGCACUACACACUGCACACUCACAUACCUCAUAUAUGAGACUCAGGAGCGGAAACGGGUCGAAUCCUACUUCAAAUUCUCUUUCCUCUCGGCUUGUCGACCGGGGAAAACAAACCGACCCGAGGCAGAGCGAAUGGGGAUUUACUAAUUAACUACUUUCGCGCGCGCACACUUACACACACACACACUGACUCCACAAAGAGGGAGAGAGAGAGAGAUGACAGAGAGAGAUGCACACCUCCUCUUCUCACUUCUCCUCCCCCCUCCCUCCGCUCUCCUCCCCGGGUUCAGGUUGGUAGAGUGCGCCUCUCCGGUCGCUGCGUCGGUGCGCUGUCAGACUGAAUGCGUGUGGAUUGACUGGUCGCACUUCAGCCGCUCAGAACAGCACUUCCUGCAGAGAAAACCGGAGUGUCGCCUUUGCGCAGUGAGAACGCAGCACUUCUGUUCCCUCCGCGCGCCUUCAUCCCCGGAUCGGAUCGAGCGCACCGGCGACCAGACUCCUGUUGAACCCGAGCGGAAGUGAUCGGGCUUCGGCCUCAGGUGCAUCUCUGAGGCGGAGCGACGUGGAGGUCCAGGUGGAGGUAUGGACUGCAACUGCGUCAGUGAUUUGCUUCUCCCCCCUGUGCCCGCCCUUUGGACGCCAGGGUUUGCCUUCCCGGACUGGGCCUACAAGCCUGAGUCAAGCCCCGGCUCCAGGCAGAUCCAGCUGUGGCACUUCAUCCUAGAGCUGCUGCAGAAGGAGGAGUAUCACGGCGUGAUUGCCUGGCAGGGAGAUUAUGGCGAGUUUGUCAUCAAGGAUCCAGACGAGGUGGCCCGGCUGUGGGGGAUAAGAAAAUGCAAACCUCACAUGAACUAUGACAAGCUGAGCAGGGCGCUAAGGUAUUACUACAACAAGCGGAUUUUGCACAAAACCAAAGGGAAGCGUUUCACCUACAAGUUCAACUUCAGUAAGGUGGUCCUGGUGAACUACCCCAUCCUAGACAUGGCCAACUCUCCCUUUUUUCUGGCUCAGAACCACUUUAAUGGGAGCUCUGCCACACCAGACUGCAGCCCAGAGGCCAUCCAGUCGUUGUUUCCUCGUUUGCCAGACACUGGAAGAGGAGGACUGUUUGAUCGAGGAACCACAGCGCCUGGACCCGAAGGGGACAAACUGAGGCUGGACACAUUCCCUUUCCUAAGUACAGGUGCCCAAUGCUACACCAAACCCCCGUCCCUGCUGGGCCCGUAUCCUCGCAGUCCAACCUUCGACUACCCUUGGGGCUUUAACCCCUACCUCCCAGGAGCCUUCUCUCUCAAUAACUGCCCCAAACUGCCUCCUGGCUCCCUUUAUCCCUCCCAGUUCUAUCCCAAUCCUUUGCAGAGCAGCCUCUCCCAGCUGCCUCACCCCUUUUCUUCUCUGCUCCCUCCAGCGGAAACGGGUGCAGGAGAGAGAGGAGUAGCAGGGCAAAACGGGGGAGCAAACGGCACAGCGGGGGGUCAGGCAGGCAGGAUCUGUCUGCCACCCUACCCAGGAAGCCUGCCGAUGGGUCGGACAGACAUUGGCAAUGGAGCCGCACUGAGCGAGAGGGAGACGGUGGAGGCCAAUCCCCCGGGUACGGGGCUGAACCUGGGGGUGGGAGCUGUCAACCUGGGAGCGGGGAACGGGACAGGCCAGCAGAGUCCCACAGAGAGGAGAGGAGGGGUGAAGCAGGACCCGGAGUCAGACUCAGACCUGGAGAUUACGGAUCUGAGCGACUGCAGCUCGGAGAACGAGAACGAGCACGAGUUCAGCAUCAGAAAGGAUGCCAGCCUGGUGAGCCGGCCGCAGCUCACGCUGGACGGAAAGAAGGGAAGCGUGCUGCCGCCCAUCUCCUCUCUCCCUCCGCCAGUGUCCCCUCAUCCUCUCAAGAGCCUGAUGCCAAUCAAUCCUCACCCCCCAUCCAUCCCCCCGUCGCUCUCCCCCUCCAUGCCUCUGCACGAAAGACACAGGGAGACAGAGACUCUUAAAAUGAUCCACAGCUAAGACAUUUUCUGACCAGUCUAUGCUCGAUAACUCUCUUCUUCUCUCCUGUUAUUUCUCAAACAGACACUGCAAAAAAAAAAA